AUGCAAGCAUGCAAUCAGCCGGCGUCAACAGAAUCUUUAUUUUAUAAUGGUUAUGAUCUUGUAGAAUAUUUUAUGCGUGAUGCAAAUGCAAAAAUGGUUGCUUACAUGAAUGAAUUAGCUACAAAAGAAAAUUUACAAGGAACUGCUCUGCUUUUAGACGGCCUCAAAUAUCGACUGAAAUUGGUUAUACCCUAUGCUAGUACUUGGGAGCAGGCGUUGGCACAGAAAGGUUUACCUCCGAAUGCCAAACGGGCUUGGAGAAGUUUAUUAGAUCUCGCUAGUGAUGCCUGGUUCAGCAUCGGUGAUACAUCCACAGACAUCAAAUGGUACACCAAACGAUUGUCCAUCGCCACUAUUUAUCGAUCUGCAGAAAUCUACAUGCUUCAAGAUAAAUCUCCAGAUAAGAUUAACACCAUGCAUUUUCUGGAACGACAUUUAGGCGAUUACGAAGCAACUGGUGUCGUUCGGCCUUCGAUGUCUCAAUCUCUCUCAGAUACUGCCCAAGUAGCUAGUGGCUUAUUGACAGUCGUGCGUACGAUGACUACUCGUCGAUAA